CCAUGAUAGUUCCAGCAUAAAGAGCACAAAAUGAGCUUUAAAAUGAUAUAUUACAUGAAUAACAACAAUAACAACAUUUCUUAUCAGAAUAAACGUAACUUUGUGCAGUUUGUAUCUGAUAGAAUGUUCAGAACUUUGCACUGAAUUGUUAUUGGGGCAGUUGUACUGUAAAUGGCUUUCUAAUCAGCAGAAACACAAAAUAAUAUAAAAACUAAAAAACUUUCCUAAGAAAUUAAUUCUCUAGCAGGUUUAUCCAUUAUUUUGUAUUUGUAUGAAAGGUUAUUAUGGAAUUUUUGCCCAAUGAUGCCAAAAAUAUACUACCUACUGCCACUUUAAUCAUUUGAGGAAAAUGUGUGAUCAACAUUGUUAUUGGUAUGGCCUCAACAUUGAUUUCCUAACAACUUAACUGUGCUAAUCCUGCAGCACAGCGGUGAACACUACUAUCUGGGUUUGAUCAAGUUUUAUGUAGCAGUUUGCUGAACACAGGAAGUUCGUUUCUGAGAAACCACAUCCUUGAAAGUAAAAGUUGGUUCACCCAGCAGAAUAUAAAGGUGAGGUCUGCACUGCAGGGUCUCCUUUACCACACACAGGGACGUGAAGUGCGCCCAGGAGAAGCAUUGAAAAGAAACUCCUGCAUUAAAGGACUGAAGUUUGCCCUGGACACAUCUCUUCUACUGAGGUGCUGAAAGUCAAACCAGUCGAAACCAGCCGAAAGAAGCACUGACAUGGCCCCGUCCAACUAUGAUGAGAAGCCAAAGCCCGGGGACUUGAUUGAGAUCUUCCGCGGCCCCUAUGAGCACUGGGCUGUGUAUGUUGGUGAUGGCUUCAUUGUCCACUUGACAUCACGCCCUGAUGUGUUGGGUGCAAGCGCCAACAGUCUGAGGUCUGUUACGACGAAGAAGGCCAUGGUGAAGAAAGAGAAGCUUAGGGACGUGGUGGGAAACAACAAGUGGAAAAUCAGCAACAGACUGGACGAGAAGUACGAUCCCCGCUCGGUUCAAGACAUUGUGAGGGAGGCCUAUGCCAAGGUGGGCAAGGAGCUGCAUUAUGACGUCCUCAUGGAGAACUGUGAGCACUUUGCAAACGAAUUGCGCUACGGAAAAGCUGAGUCCCGGCAGGCGCGUAAGGCCGGAGAAAACGCCCUGGCGGCCGGAGGAGCGGCUAUCGGUGUAUCGCUUGUGGGUGCUCUGGGUAUUGUGGCUGUGGCUUUGGCGAAAGCAUUGAAUAAUUGAUGUACCGACUCAACCCUCUUUUCUAUUGA